AUGGUGGUUGCCAGGCUCGUCGUAAUGCAGCAGCCCCAGCGAGCGCGCAUGUGCGGCUUCGGCGACAAGGACCGACGUCCCAUCACCCCUCCGCCGUGCAUCAAGGUCGUCGUAAGGGAUGCCAAGACCGGCCAGGAGAUCAACCCUAACGAUAUUGAUUCGGCGUUCUACGUGAUCCAGGUCGACUUGUGGUCAGAGGACGGCACUUCGGAGGUGAACCUGGUGAGGCACUCGUCCAACACGGCCUCAAUAUCGACCACGCAGCCAUUCUCGUACUCGGCGUUGCGGGAUGAGGGUCAGGCGCCCGCACAGCCGAUGCAGGCUUAUUCCCAGAUGAUACCGAGCUACGGCUCUGCGCCCAUGGGCUACGGCCAGCAACAGCCUCCCCCGCCGCAGCACAUGAUGCCGGGCUACGGCAUGGCUUCCGGGUCCAGCUACCAAGGUGAGUUGUCCGACGGAAGAAGGCGCGCGCAGCACCCCAAAGUACUGACCAUCUGCGCAGCGGCGUACCAGUCAUCCAACCCCCAGUUCGCGCCCCCGACCCAAUACUUCCCUCAGCACGCCAACCCGGCGCCCGUGCCCUCGCAGGCCGACAUGGCGUACGGCGGCCACCGUCAGUCGCUGUCCAUGGCGGCCAGCCAGCCGCAGGGCAUGUUCACCAGGAACCUCAUUGGAAGCACGGCGUCGAGUGCGUUCAAGCUCAACGACGUGGAAGACCAUGUCGGAAUCUGGUUCAUCAUGCAGGACCUGAGCGUGAGCGCCCCGACGCGAGCCCUCUCGGGGUCAGCCAACGUUUUGCUAAUCGUGUUUGUCCAGGCUGCGCUUCUCGCCCCCAACCAGCCCUCGGCAGACGGGUCGCUGGUGAACCAGGGCAGCGCGCCGAUCCUCGCCUCGACCUUCAGCGACGUCUUCCAGGUCUUCUCGGCCAAGAAGUUCCCCGGCGUCUGCGAGAGCACGCCGCUGAGCAAGUGCUUCGCGACGCAGGGCAUCAAGAUCCCUAUCAGGAAGGAGGGCGCGGGCGACGGCAAGAAGGGCGGCGAAGACGAUGAUGACUUCCAGUGA